UAAAAAUAAAACCGUGUGGACUACUGCGCGGUUCACGUAUCAGCCGCAUGAAAUUGUUUUUCGCUGUUGCUCUAGUUGAACCUUGGAGGUAUUUCGAACAGCACUCUUCGCCUACCGAGGCGCAAGAUCGUAGUUCAGUGCAAAAUUAGAAGUGGUUUAAAAAUAAAAAGUUCUCAGUACCUGUGAUUUAUAAAAUUACAAUAUUUACGUUCAGUGCAGAUUUUAAUUAAACUUGAAAAAUGUUCAGCUCGAUUGCAGACAAAAACCUUGGAGCCUUCCGAAGCAUCGGAGAGAAGACAGCGUCGCUCUUCGAGCGCAAGAAGAAGGAUGUAGAACAGGUGGCUUCGGAGAAGGCUCAGGACGCCGCCCACGUCGUGGAAGACCAGGUCAAGAAGGCAGGGGAGCUAGUCGGUGGAGCGCAGGCGUCUGCCAAUGACGCGGCGAGCUCAGCCAACGCCGCCAAGAACUCAGCCAUCGAUGCCCUCGACAAGGAGCUAUCGAAGGUGUCCCUGGCGGCUGGAGAGGCGCAGGACGCCGCCAACCGAGCCGUCGCUGAUGGCAAGAAGGUCGUCGACACUGCUAAAGAUACAAUUGCAACAACCGUAGAUAAUACCAAAAAAUCAGCAGAGGCGGCAGUCAACGCAGCUAAAGAGACUCUAUCGAGCACAGUAGACACCACACAAAAAGCCGCGCAGAGCGCCCUCGACACUGGAAAAUCGUACGCCACUAGUGCCAAAGAUACCGUUUCAAGCACAAUCCAAAGCACUGUAGAUACAACACAAAAGGUAGCCCAAACGGCCGUGGACACAGGCAAAACUUAUGCUACAGCCGCAAAAGAUACAGUAUCGAACACUGUCCAGAAGACAGUGGAGGGUACUAAAUAUAUUACACAAAGCGCUGUUGAUAAGAGCAAAGGUUGUGCUGCCAGCGCAAAAGAUACGGCCCAGCACACGCUCCAAAGUACCCUGGACACGUCAAUGAGCUAUGCAUACUCGGCUUAUGAUAUCGGCAAAUCCUAUGUUGAUAGCGCUAUAGAUACAGUAUCAUAUACUGUAGAUAAUACUAAAAAAGCUGCGGAAAGUACAAUCGAAACCGGCAAAACAUACGUCGAUUCAGCCAAAGAUACUAUUCAGAGCACUGUACAUAGCACUGUAGAUACAACGAAGCACGUUGCUCAAUCUGCGUUAGAAAAAGGGAAGGGUUAUGUUGACAGUGCCAAAGAUACAGUAGCGAGUACGGUAGAUACGACCAAAAAAACAGCAGCGGCCGCGGUAGAGACAGGCGUAUCGUAUGCCGGUGCUGCUAAAGACACAAUUGCAAACACUGUCAGUAGCACAGUAGAUGUGACCAAAAAUGUAGCCGCUUCAGCAGUAGAAAAGGGAACCUCAAUUGUAGGAAGUGCUAAAGGUACUGUUGUCAAUACUGUAGAUGCAACUAAAACAGCGGCAGCUACGGCUGUUGAAACGGGGUCUUCGUAUUUAGCCUGUGCUAAAGAUACUGUUUCAAAUACUGUUCAUAGCACAGUAGACACAACUAAAAAUGUAGCCGCAUCCGCUGUUGAGAAGGGUUCAGCAUUAGUAGGAAGUGCUAAAGAUACCGUUGCUAAUACCGUAGAUGCGACCAAAACCGUAGCCGCAUCUGCUGUGGAAACAGGCACUUCUUACUUAGGAAGCGCAAGAGAUAAUGUCGCAAACACAGUUCAUAGUACUGUAGAUGUAACAAAGAAUGCCGCGGCUUCCGCCAUUGACAAAGGUUCAGCCUUAGUCGGAAGUGCUAAAGAUACCGUUGCCAGUACUGUAGAUGCUUCUAAAAAUGCAGCCGCGUCUGUGGUUGAAACGGGCACUUCGUAUUUAGGAAGUGCUAGAGAUACUGUAGCAAACACAGUCCAUAGUACUGUAGACGUAACAAAGAAUGUAGCGGCGUCAGCUGUUGAAAAGGGCUCAGCAUUAGUAGGAAGUGCUAAAGAUACCGUUGCCAGUACUGUAGAUGCUUCCAAAAAUGCAGCCGCUUCUGCGGUUGAAACGGGCACUUCGUAUUUAGGAAGUGCUAGAGAUACUGUAGCAAACACAGUCCAUAGUACUGUAGACGUAACAAAGAAUGUAGCGGCGUCAGCUGUUGAAAAGGGCUCAGCGUUAGUAGGAAGUGCUAAAGAUAAGGUGGCCAACACAGUCCAUAGUACUGUAGAUGCAACAAAAAAUUUAACAACAUCUGCCGUUGAAAAAGGCACAUCGUAUGCAGGCGCUGCUAAAGAUAGCGUAGCGAGCACAAUUUCUAGUACAGUAGACGCUACUAAAAACGUCACGGCAUCUGCUGUUGAGACCGGUUCCUCAUUUGUAGGCAGUGCCAAAGACACUCUUGCAAAUACUGUAGACGCAACCAAGAAUGCGGCGGCGUCCGCUGUUGAAAAGGGAACGUCUUUAGUAGGAAGUGCUAAAGAUACCGUAGCAAGCACAGUACAAAGCACUGUAGAUACGACUAAGAGCUUUGCCGGUAACGUGGUGGAUAAGGGAUCGUCGCUUGUUGGAAGCGCGAAAGACCUAACAAGCUCGAUUUAUAAUACUGAAAAUACUGAGGUUUCUUCAGAGGACGUAGCAGAAGAUACUAAUGAUGGAAUUCAAAGCAAAUUCAGCUCUACAAAGGCUACUGAGGCGGCGGAGAGUUGCAAGAAAGUCGCUGAAAAUACGACUGACACGAUCCACUCGACGGUAGACAGCACAAAGAAGGCGGCAGAGGAGGCCAGAGCGCAGGCAGCGAAGGCCGCCGAAGACGCCAAGGAGAAGGCCCGACAGGCCGCGGAGGCCGCUGCUGCUGAGGCCAAGAGGGCUGCCAACGUAGCGAUGGAAGAAUCCAAAAAAGCAGCCGAGAAAGCUGCAGCGGACGCCAGCAACGCCGUGAACAGUACCGUCGACAACACGCUGAAGCGAGUGGAGGCCGCCGCCGACGAGGGCAUCAAGAACGCCGGACACGUCGUCGACUCCAAGAUCAAGGACGCCGACAAAUACCUCAGCGGCAAGCGCGACGCGCUGGCAUCGAACCUGUCGACGGCAGUGCACGAUGGCUCCGAGGGUGCCGCCGGUCUGCUGAGCAAGGGUCUCGCCGCCUUCCCUAAAUAAAGCAACCAGCGGGCUCCCGCCGUGUACCUGCAUUCAAGCUCCGUUCUACUGGAAUCGCUAAACCACAGUCCAUAGACGUGUCAGCAUCACCCUCCAUAGACAUUUCUUUGUUUUUCUUAUCAUGUUUAACAAGCCUCGUUCGAAGGGUGAUUCUUUCAUACAACUCUGCUGCAUGUAUUUACAUUUUAACUUAAAAUGGGUUAUAUGAUGCGAUCUUUCUUUUUCCUGUAGCCAUUGUGUAGGGUGCAGCAGAAAAAUUGUGUUAAACAUGUCACAUUUCUGAUAUGAUUUUGCCUUGCAUCUUAUCCAGAAUCAUAAUGAUUCAUAAGAUUUUUUGGUAACAGAAUUUACAAAAAUCAUAAAGUUUAUAUGACAAAAAAAGUAAUCUAUCUGUAACAUAAUUUUCGUUCUGUAGUUGUUUAUUGUUUUAUAUUUAUCAACUGCUGGUACAAUUAGUUUUAAGUUACCUAAGAUAAAAUUAAUUUAAGUUUUACUCAAUAAAUGUUAUUACUUUAGUAAGAACAAACCUUAUAUAUUACUACACAAUGCAUUUAAAUUGCGUUUUUUAUAUAUUUUCUUUAAAAAAAUAUUUGACAUCUUUUUACAAUAUUUAAUGUCUUAAUAUUGACAAUAUUAUCUAAGUCACAAUGUAAUCUCAGUUUUUUGUUUUCAUAGCAAUAUUCUAUAAUUUAUAACUUUGCUAUGUAUAGUGUAAGUUAUGAUAGGAUCUGUACCUAUUGAACGUAUUUAUACCAUGCCUAUUUAAUUUGAGCGCCGUGCUUUGCUUGAUACCGUCCAGCAGCCUUAUACAACAAAAAAGUAAUAAAAAUAAUACAAAGAACAGUACAUUUACUUAAUGAUAUAUACUGCUUAGCAGCUCCUAUCUUUUAGACAUCAGAUUCUACAAAAGUUAAGAUAUAUUGUGCAUUGCUGUACUUUUAUAUAUUUUAUUGUCAGACAUAAUAUAUUUUAUUGUUGCCUAAUGUACAUUACAGUUAAAUUUAUUAUACUAAUGCACGAAAAAAUAUUACGCAUUUUCAUAAACAUGAGGUAUAUUUUACUGUUAACAAUUUCUUUAUUGUUUAUUGUCAACUUAUCAGUGUCGUAAUAAAUAAAUUACCACCCA